CAAGCCUCUCGCUCUCUGGACACUCCUGUCCACCGAAGAGAUUCCCUGCUUUGAAAGCGUCAGGGACGUUUGGUCUGCGGACACAUGCUGGAGGCCGACUUGACCUCAGGGGGGUCGCUCACCAAGCUCGCCUACUACUCCACGGUGCAGCACAAGGUUGCCAGAGUGCGCUCCUUCGAGAACUCGGGCAGGGACGCAGAGCAGGAGCACGAGCCGCCCUACGAGGUCUCGGUCCAAGAGGAGGUCACUGCGCGGCUGCACUUCGUCAAGUUCGAGAAUACUUACAUCGAGGCCUGCCUGGACUUCAUCAAAGACCACCUCGUCCACACCGAGACCAAGGUCAUCCAGGCAACCGGGGGCGGCGCCUACAAAUUCAAGGACCUCAUAGAAGAAAAGCUGCGGCUGAAAGUGGACAAGGAAGACGUGAUGACUUGCUUGAUAAAGGGCUGCAACUUUGUGCUGAAGAACAUCCCGCAUGAGGCCUUUGUGUAUCAGAAAGAUUCUGACCCCGAGUUUCGAUUCCAGACCAACCACCCCAACAUUUUCCCGUAUCUGCUGGUCAACAUCGGCUCUGGGGUGUCCAUUGUGAAGGUGGAGACGGAGGACAGGUUUGAGUGGGUUGGCGGCAGCUCCAUUGGAGGCGGCACCUUCUGGGGACUCGGAGCUCUGCUCACCAAGACCAAGAAGUUUGACGAGCUGCUGCAUCUGGCCUCCAAGGGCCAGCACACGAAUGUGGACAUGCUGGUGCAGGACGUGUAUGGCGGGGCCCACCAGACCCUGGGGCUGAGCGGCAACCUCAUCGCCAGCAGCUUCGGGAAGUCGGCCACUGCCGACAAAGAGUUCUCCAAGGAGGACAUGGCCAAGAGCCUGCUGCACAUGAUCAGCAACGACAUCGGGCAGCUCGCCUGUCUCCACGCGAAGCUGCACUGUCUGGACAGAGUGUACUUCGGCGGCUUCUUCAUCCGGGGCCACCCCGCCACCAUGCGCACCAUCACCUACAGCAUCAACUUCUUCUCCAAGGUACCCCCCCGCCCCAGGCCGGCGCCCGGGGCUUCGCUCCUCCCGUGCGCUCGGCACCCUAACCAGUACAGCUGGGGAGAAAACUACGCAGGCAGCUCCGGCCUGAUGAGUUCCUCUCCAGAGCUCUGCCCCGCACAGCGGGCGAGGAGCGGCACCUUUGACCUCCUGGAGAUGGACCGGCUGGAGAGGCCGCUGGUCAACCUGCCGCUGCUUCUGGACCCGUCUUCCUAUGUGCCCGACACAGUCGACCUCACGGACGACGCCCUGGCCCGCAAGUACUGGCUCACCUGCUUCGAGGAGGCGCUGGAUGGGGUGGUGAAGCGCGCCGUGGCCAGCCAGCCGGGCUGCGUGGACGCGGCCGAGCGGGCAGAGAAGUUCCGGCAGAAGUACUGGCGAAAGCUGCAGACGCUGCGACACCAGCCAUUUGCCUACGGGACACUGACCGUGCGCAGCCUUCUGGACACAAGGGAGCACUGUCUGAACGAGUUCAACUUCCCGGACCCCUACUCCAAAGUCAAGCAGAAGGAAAACGGGGUCGCGCUCAAGUGCUUCCCGAGGGUGAUCCGCGGCCUGGACGCCCUGGGCUGGGAGGAGAGGCAGCUGGCCCUGGUAAAGGGUUUGCUGGCGGGAAACGUCUUCGACUGGGGAGCGAAAGCUGUCUCUGAUGUCCUUGAGUCUGACCCCCAGUUUGGCUUCGAGGAGGCGAAGAUGAAGCUACAAGAGCGGCCGUGGCUCGUGGACUCCUACAGCAAGUGGCUUCAGAGACUGAAGGGGCCCCCUCACAAAUGUGCCUUAAUUUUCGCAGAUAACAGUGGAAUAGACGUCAUUUUGGGAGUCUUCCCCUUUGUCAGGGAGCUUCUCUCUAGAGGGACGGAGGUCAUCCUGGCGUGCAACUCGGGCCCCGCCUUGAACGAUGUGACGUACUGCGAGUCUCUCAUCGUGGCUGAGCGCAUCGCGGCCAUGGACCCCGUCGUCCACUCGGCGCUCAAAGAGGAGAGGCUGCUGCUCAUGCAGACGGGCUCCAGCUCCCCGUGUCUGGACCUCAGCCGCCUGGACAAGGGGCUGGCCGUGCUGGUCCGGGAGCGCGGCGCAGACCUGGUGGUGAUCGAGGGCAUGGGCCGGGCCGUGCACACCAACUACUACGCGGCCCUGCGCUGCGAGAGCCUCAAGCUGGCCGUCCUCAAGAACUCGUGGCUGGCCGAGCGGCUGGGCGGCCGGCUCUUCAGCGUCAUCUUCAAGUACGAGGUCCCGGCCGAGUGAGGCCCCGCCGGGCGUGCGGCUGCGAUUCGACCACAGCGGGGAAUCUGGGUUCCAGUCAGAGAGCCAGGUGCGCCCGGGGGCGCGGCGCGGGGCGUCGGGUCUCUGCGACGCUGAGGCGCUCAUGGUGGGAGACGCACCUCUGUCUGGCGAGACCUUCGUAUUGGAAUAUAUUUAACUGUUAAAUAAUCUUUUAUAUAUAUAUAUACAGAUGUACGUAUAGAUACAAA